ACUUAAACGCGAAAUAACGCGUGGACGCGUCCAUUUCUUGGCGGCGCGUCUUCCGACAUUCCGGCGACAGGGCUACUACUCAUUUGAUCCCCACCAGAAAUACAGCAUUGCGACAAACGAAUUGCUAUAACUAGCCAACAUACAUACACCAUGCUUCGGUCAGAUAAUCGCAUCGAUCCCAAGCGCAGAGCGCACCUAAGCCAUAAGAAGCGACAAUUCGCCGAUUCAGAGUUCAAACAACAACACUAUGAGCACCGAUUGAACUUUUAUGAAUUACCGCCGACGACGGAGAUCAGCUUGGAAGAGUUUGAGGAAUGGGCUAUCUCCAGGCUAAAAGUGCUCUCUGAGCUCGAAGCAUGCUCAUUUCGCAACCGAUCUCCGGAAGAAACAACUUCAUAUAUGUCUUCUAUUCUAGAAAAACACUUGCCUCUGCACUCAAAUUCAUCGCGAUCAUCUACGUUACAGGAUGAACGCAGAAAAGACCAUUACUCGCAUUUUAUACUCCGACUUGCCUUUUCGUCGACGCCAGACCUGCGCCAGAGGUUUGCACGUCUCGAAACCAUGCUCUUCCGGCUGCGUUUCAAAGAGGACGACACGAGGGAAAAGCAAGCGUUUGUAAAGAGCCUCAACUUCGACUGGGAAGAGAUGUCCAAGGAAGAGAAGGAGGAACUUGCCAAAGACCUGCUUGCGACAACUCCGGGCAUUAGAAACGUAGAUGAAGAAGGAUGGUUUAAAGUGGAUUGGGAGCAAGUCCCAGAACUGGUUGAGCAAAGAAGGGUACUUCUCAGGAGAGGAAGGGCGUAUGUGCCGCAAAGGGAACAAAUGAGCUUGGUCCUUGCAGAAUUCACCAAACGGUUGGACUCUGCACUCGAGCUUACCUCUCGAGCACUACCUCGAUUAGACGAAGACGAUCGCCUGAAGCCUAUACUCGAGCAUUUGUCCACUAAUUUCACUGCCCCUGACGUCGCAUAUAGUUCAGCAGACGGUGAUAUAGCAGGAAUGUCCGUACCAACCGCUGCAAACAUCGACACGCUCUCGCAGCAUUUUCCCCUUUGCAUGCAGAAUCUACAUCAAACUCUGCGUGCGAAUUCACAUCUGAAGCAUUUGGGCCGUCUACAGUAUACGCUCUUCCUAAAGGGAAUCGGACUGAGCCUCGAAGAAUGCAUAAUCUUCUGGCGCCGCAGCUUCAAGCUCAUCACCGACGAGAAGUUCAACAAGGAGUACCGAUACAAUGUGCGCCAUGCGUAUGGUGACGUUGGAGGUGAUGCAAACCGCCGUGGACGAGGGUACACGCCAUACUCAUGUCAAAGGAUCCUCACGGAGCCUCUUCCAGGUCCAGGUCAAUCGCAUGGCUGUCCGUAUCGAACAUUCGCACCUGACAACCUAAUCUCUCUGCUUCAGAAGGUGGGUGUAAGCGACCGCGAACUGCUGAGGGGUGUCAAGGAAGACGUCGGCAAGCAAAGGUAUCAUAUUGCUUGUAAUAGGGUGUUUGAACAUGCACACAGAGUUGAGAUCAAGACUGUUAAGGAUCAAGGUACGUUGGGGGCGGCGCAGCUGGAUACCAUUGUGCAUCCGAAUACAUACUUCAAACGCAGCUGGAUGCUGAAGCACCUGGGAGAGGCGGGAGUAAAAGAAGAAAUGAUGGAUGAGAGCUGAAAGACUCGAAAGGGACUACUGGAGUUGGAUACUAUGGCGUUCAUGGACUGCGCACUUGGACCGGCCCGGGGAAUAGCAUGACUGGGUCGUAAUGUAGGCAUAUCACGUUUAGCGCAUUGUUUUGACGACGACAAAUGGGCAGC